AUGUCGAGCAUAAGUGAGUUCUAUCGUGACAAGGUGGUGUUUGUGACCGGUGGCACCGGGUUCAUCGGGAAAAUCGUGGUGGAAAAGCUGCUUCGAACAUGCGAAGUAAAGGAAGUCAUUCUGAUGGUGCGCGAGAAAAAGAACACGCUGCCGGAGCAGCGCAUCAAGACACUCUGCGCAUCACCGAUAUUCGAACGAUUGGCCAAAAAGAACCCCAGCUAUCAGGACCGGAUUCGAGUGAUCGAGGGCGAUCUCGAAAAGCCAAACUUUGACCUGUGCCCUGAGAGCAUGGAGUACCUAAAGGAGCACACCCACGUCAUCUUGCACAUCGCGGCCACGGUGAAAUUCGACGAAGAAAUGAUCAAGGCGAUCAACAUCAAUCUAGCCGGCACACGAACCGCGCUAGAAAUCGGACGGCAGUCCAAGAACCUACAGAGUUUCGUGUACGUCUCAACGGCAUACUCGAACAGCUACGACGAACACAUUCAGGAGCGCGUCUAUCCAGUUGAUUGCAACCCCGAGAAGAUCCUGGCCAAUCUCGACGACGAGAAAUUGAUACAGGAUGUGAUCAAGUAUUCGCUGAAGUGGCCCAACACGUACACUUUCACGAAGGCACUGGCCGAGGCACUGACUCUCGAGUACCGGCAGCACUUUCCGGUCGCCAUCCUACGUCCGUCUUGCGUCAUGUCCAGCCUAAACGAACCGAUGCCGGGUUGGUGUGACUCGAUCUAUGGCACGAAUGGAACGUUCAUUGGCUGGUACUACGGACUCAUUCGGACCAGCCACAUCGAUCCGGAGGUGACGAUCGACACAGUGCCAGUGGACUACGUGUCGAAUGCUAUUAUUGCCGUCGGAUGGCAAACAUACAUGCAAAGGGCUCAGGAACCAGAGGUGUUGGUGUAUAAUUGUGUAAGCUCCACCGAUAAUCCCCUGACAUUUGAUGAACGAAGACGCGAGUGCGAAAAAGCUUGCAAAAAACACCCUCUGCUGACGGGCAUCUACAAACCGAUCACCUUCGCCUCCAGCAACGAGUUCAUGUUCCGGUUGUACUCACUGGUGCUGCACUAUCUACCCGCCUACAUCAUGGACACAGCCAUGAGGCUUCGGGGUGAGAAGCCCCGCCUCGUCGACACCUAUAUCAAGAUUGAUAAGGUCGUCACCACGGUCAAGAAAUUUACCAACACCACAUACUUCUUCGACAAUCAGAACAUGAAGGACCUUUACCUGGCCAUGAAUCCAAUAGACCAUCAACAAUACCCUUGCGAUAACCGAAACUACAGCUGGCGGCUGUACUUCGAGGUGGCCGUCCCGGGACUAAAGAAAUACUUUUUCAAGGAAGACCUCAAUAACGUAAAGCAGGCUCGCCAAGCAAUGCGUAAGAAGGAGCUUAUCGUGAACAGUAUACUGUUUCUAAUUUUGGGCAUGAUUCUACUGCAAUUGUACUAUCUGUUACGCUAAACGUUGAUGAAUCAUGCAAU